AUAAACACAAAGCGACGCCGUAUCCAUCGGUAGAUAUAAACGUCUGCACUUGGCCACGAAGCUCCGAUCAGUAGUUCUAAAGCGUCGACGACAACAUGGUACACAGUGCCUACGAUUCAUUCGAGCUCAUCAGCGACUGCCCUACGAAGAUCGAAGCCAUCGAAUCGUACGGUCCGAAGCUCCUCCUCGGCUGCUCUGAUGGAUCUCUCAAAAUCUACGCUCCGGACUCCUCCAGUUCCGGCCGUUCUCCGCCGUCCGAUUACCACGCGCACAAGCUGCAUCAGGAACCGUACGCACUGGAGAGAAACUUGUCCGGUUUUUCGAAGAAGCCUUUGGUCUCCAUGGAGGUCCUGGAAUCAAGGGAGCUCCUUCUAUCGCUGUCUGAGUCAAUAGCGUUUCAUGGCCUCCCGAACUUGGGCACCAUCGCGGUGAUCACAAAGGCGAAGGGCGCCAAUGUCUACUCCUGGGAUGACCGCAGAGGCUUCUUGUGCUUCGCGAGGCAGAAGCGGGUCUGCAUUUUCAGACAUGACGGAGGACGAGGGUUUGUGGAAGUGAAAGAGUUUGGGGUUCCAGACGUGGUGAAGUCGAUGUCGUGGUGCGGUGAAAAUAUAUGUAUAGGGAUUAGAAGAGAAUACAUGAUACUGAAUUCUACUAAUGGUGCAUUGUCUGAGGUGUUUCCUUCGGGGAGAUUGGCACCGCCAUUGGUGGUCUCUCUUCCUUCUGGGGAGCUUCUUCUUGGAAAGGAUAACAUUGGGGUUUUUGUGGACCAAAAUGGGAAGCUUCUUCAAGAAGGCAGGGUUUGUUGGUCAGAGGCUCCUAAUGUUGUUGUUAUUCAGAAGCCAUAUGCAAUAGCUCUCUUACCGAGAUAUGUUGAGGUUCGAUCACUUCGAGCUCCAUACCCAUUGAUACAGACUGUAGUUCUUCGGAAUGCUCGUCGUAUUCUCCAGAGCAACAAUUCUGUAAUUGUUGCAUUAGAGAAUGCUGUUUAUGGUCUCUUCCCUGUUCCUCUUGGUGCUCAGAUUGUGCAAUUAACAGCAUCUGGCGAUUUUGAGGAAGCGUUGGCAUUGUGCAAGCUGCUUCCGCCAGAAGAAGCAAGUCUUAGAGCUGCAAAGGAGGGGUCAAUUCACAUGAGAUAUGCUCAUCAUCUUUUUGAUAAUGGGGCCUAUGAGGACGCCAUGGAGCAUUUUUUUGCAUCUCAAGUAGAUAUAACCUAUGUACUUUCUUUGUAUCCAUCUAUUGUUCUUCCUAAGACAACUAUGGUUUUGGAGCCAGAGAAGCUGAUGGAUAUUUCUGGGGAUUCCUCAUAUCUCUCAAGAGGUUCAUCUGGUAUAUCAGAUGAUAUGGAACCCUCUACCCCUUUGCAUCUACUGGAAUCUGAAGAGAGUGCAGCAUUAGAGUCCAAGAAAAUGAGCCAUAACACUCUCAUGGCUCUGAUAAAGUUCUUACAGAAAAAAAGAUAUGGCAUAAUUGAAAAGGCUACUGCUGAGGGGACAGAUGAGGUUGUUUUAGAUGCAGUAGGAAACAACUUUGCAUCCUUUGAGUCUAAUAAUAGGUUUAAGAAAUCGAACAAGGGGCGGGGCAGCAUCCCAGUUACCUCUGGUGCUAGGGAGAUGGCUGCGAUACUGGAUACAGCACUACCCCAAGCUCUACUUCUUACUGGACAGGCUUCAGCGGCUUUAGAAUUACUGAAAGGUCCUAACUACUGUGAUGUAAAAAUAUGCGAGGAGAUUCUCCAGAAAAACAAUCACCACGCUGCCUUGUUAGAACUCUACAGGUGCAAUUCAAUGCACCAUGAAGCUCUAAAACUUUUGCAUCAAUUAGUAGAAGACCCAAAAUCUAACCAAGUGCAAACUGAAUUGAUCCAGAAGUUAAAGCCUGAGUCAAUUGUUGAAUAUCUCAAGCCUCUCUGUGGGACUGAUCCCAUGCUUGUCCUGGAGUAUUCAAUGCUUGUUCUGGAAAGUUGUCCAACACAGACAAUUGAGCUCUUUUUGAAUGGAAAUAUUCCAGCAGACCUGGUGAACUCUUAUUUGAAGCAGCAUGCUCCCAACAUGCAGGCCACAUACUUGGAGCUUAUGCUUGCAAUGGAUGAAAAUGGGAUCUCUGGAAAUCUGCAAAAUGAAAUGGUACAUAUCUAUCUAUCAGAAGUUCUUGAUUGGCAUGCUGAUUUAAGUGCUCAGCAGAAAUGGGAUGAGCAAACUUACUCCUCAACGAGAAAAAAAUUAUUGUCUGCUUUAGAGAGUAUUUCAGGAUAUAACCCAGAGGCUUUGUUGAGACGUCUUCCAACAGAUGCUUUAUAUGAAGAGCGUGCAAUUUUGUUGGGAAAAAUGAACCAACAUGAGCUUGCCUUAUCUCUAUAUGUUCAUAAGCUUCAUGUUCCUGAGCUGGCACUGUCCUAUUGUGAUCGAGUGUAUGAGUCAUUGGUUCAUCAGCAAUCUUCAAGAUCUUCUGGCAAUAUAUACCUCACUCUAUUGCAAAUUUAUCUUAAUCCGAGGAGAACAACCAAGAACUUUGAGAAGCGAAUUACAAAUUUAGUAUCACCUCAGAAUAUCGGUACACCAAAGGUUGGUUCUGCAAGUACAGUUAAAAGUAAAGGAGGUCGUGGAAAUAAGAAAAUUGCUGCAAUAGAGGUGGCAGAUGAAAUAAGAGUCGGUCAAAGUAGCACUGACAGUAGCAGGAGUGAUGGAGAUGCAGACGAAUCUAGUGAGGAAGGAGGUUCAACAAUCAUGCUUGAUGAGGUCCUGGAUUUGUUAAGCCGAAAGUGGGACAGAAUAAAUGGAGCUCAGGCCCUCAAACUUUUGCCAAGGGAAACUAAGCUACAGAAUUUGCUUCCAUUUAUGGGACCGCUGUUGAGAAAAUCCAGUGAAGCAUACAGGAACCUUUCAGUGAUCAAGAGUUUGAGACAAAGUGAGAACCUACAGGUUAAGGAUGAACUCUAUGAACAAAGGAAAGGGGUGGUGAAGAUCACCAGUGAUAGCAUGUGCUCCCUUUGCAGGAAGAAAAUAGGAACAAGUGUCUUUGCAGUGUAUCCGAACGGAAAAACAAUAGUACAUUUUGUCUGCUUCAGAGACUCACAAAGCAUGAAAACUGUGGGCAGAGGAUCGCCUUCGCCGCUAAGGAAGCUAUGAAGACGAAGCAAUUCGUGCAUAAAUCCAAGUAUUCUGGGUGCUGCUACUUUUGCUCAAGUGACUGUAGAAAUACUGGUGUGACAUUCGGCCAGAGGCUCAUUGUAAAUUGGUGUGAGAGUGAGGUUGCGGGUUUUCUUUGUUGGUUAUAUAGCUUUUGUUUUGUCAAGAUUGUAAAAUGUAAAAAUUGUCUUGAUUUUAAGUUAUAAAUUAAAAGUGCAUUGAAUUUGUGGUA